AUGUUUGACCCAUUAGAUUUCAUUUCGAAUGAAAGCUCAUCGUUUCAUUCACCUAAAGGUGAGGAUAAUACCUCAUCACUGGUUAGUAAUACAGAGUGCAGUGCUGCAGAAGUCGUCACUGAAACAGAUGGUCCUGUGAUCGAUGAUAUCGACAUUGAUGCCCCAAUACAAGUAAUUGAUCUUCCUUAUGUUCAGUUGGCACCAAGCGAAGUGGUUCUUACAGUUCUUCUUCUAUUGAAGCCUGGCGUAUCUGUGAACUUUGGACAGGAAAAGAGGGUUACGAAACAAUCAUCAGACAGUAUUUGCAAUGAAAAGAACAUCCCACCGAAAUAUCUGAAAGCUACGGUUAAAUGGUAUGAGCAUAUGGGAAAUUUAAAUCUUAAUUCAAAAGACAAAAUCUGUACAAAAAUUCCUCGAUUAGGGAUAUGUCAAAGUAGUCCAGAGUUGCUUGGCUACUACACGAAUAUUCUAUCGAAAUACAACAAGAUGGAUUCAAAUGACAAAGUGGUGGAGAACAUUCUUCAAGAGGUAAGUUGCCGAAUCUCUGAAAAGUGUGGGCGCACAGCUCAACCAUCUAUGACACGAGAAUUCCAAAUAGACAACCUUGACUGCUUGAUAAAACUACACGAGCCCUCUCUCACUUCUGAUAAUCUUGGCUUGAAAACUUGGGGAGCUUCUCUUAUAUUAUCCCAAAAGAUUUGCUCCAAUUUUCCUCAAAUAAAGUGUUGCAGAGGUAGUAAGAGAGUUCUUGAACUUGGAGCUGGAACGGGGCUAGUGGGUAUUGCAUUUGCACAUAAGUCACUGGAAAUUGAUCUCCAUUCCCAAUAUGUGAUUUACUUGACAGAUCUUCCUGAGAUUUUACCAAAUCUAAGGAAAAAUGUUGAGAUAAAUGACUUGAAUUUAACCGGAAAGGUUCACGCCGACGUACUGGACUGGACAAACUCAACACCAUUUGUCGAAAAAUAUGGCGGAGAUAAAUUUGAUAUCAUAUUAAUCGCGGAUCCCAUUUAUUCGCCUGAACAUCCCAAAUGGGUUGUUGAUAUGAUUGUGGAAUUUUUGGCAAAAAGUGGUAAAGUGUUCUUGGAAGUGCCGGUAAGAGCUAAGUACUCUAAAGAGCGACAACAACUUUGGGACUUACUUGAAUCGCAUGGGCUUUGUGGCAUUGUCGAGGAGAUUGAUGAAGGAUUAGAUGACUGGGGUAACGUUAAAUAUAUAUAUAAAGAGAUUGUAUGGAAAAGUACGUGA